GAAGAGGUAUCACCCAAACAAGUGUUUACCAAACCCGGAAAAGGCGAACUAUUUCUGUAAAAGCAAUAACCUCCGUGAAGUUAUUAGUUUUUUCAGUCGGUCAGUCAAGAUGCCAUUGUGUUGUGGAGGAAUCGGUGAUACAAAGGAUGCGACGGUGGAGGUGCAGAAGAUUUGUGACGAGAUGAAACCCCAUGCUGAGCAGAAAACGGGGAGGAAUUUUGACGUUUUCACAGCGAAGAAUUUCAAGACUCAGGUGGUGGCGGGGACCAACUACUUCAUUAAGGUCCAUGUUGGCGGAGAAGACCAUGUUCAUCUGCGUGUGUAUAAAAUGCUGCCUCACGCUGGAGGCAAACUGGAGCUGACAAGUCUACAGGAGUCCAAAGCCCACAGCGACCCCAUUGAGUACUUCUAAUAACCCGUGACCCCAUCGAGUAGCCUAUACUCUUGAUAAUCUAAGUGCCUGCUUUAGCAACAUCACUGCUCUAUGAUGAUGCAGACAUGGAGGGGACAUUUAAAUAAUGAUAGUGUACAGUCUCUAAAGUGUGUGUGCAUUUUCUUUACCCAAUUAAAGACAUUACACUAUUGUA